GCCCCCGGGCAUGUCGGCCCCGCCCCUCGCAGCGUGACCGCUCUGCUCCCCAUCCACCCGUCACUGGCUGUGGUGCCAGACUGCCCGCUGAUAACUCUGGGGACCUCCUGCAGGGAGGCGAGGUGGCCUCACGUGGCUGUCACCAGCGGGGCUGGAAGCCCUCCCCGACUCCAGCUGAGGAUAAAAGCGCUGCGAUCGUCCGCACAACGCUGUGUCGUCCCUGAGCGGGUCCGGUCCCCCCGCAGCACCAUGGCACCCGGGUGGCUUUGCUGGGCUCUCCUGCUGCUCCUGCCUGCCCCAGUCCGUGCUGCCGGACCUGGCCCUGUUCUGGUCAACCGCCCCUUCGUCACUGUCUGGAACAUCCCCAGCGAGCCCUGCGCCCAGCAGUACAACGUCACCCUGCCCCUGGGGGUCUUUGAUGUCGUGGCCAACACGGAGGAGGCCUUCAUAGGGCAGGACAUCGCGCUGUUCUACAGCUCACACCUGGGGCUCUUCCCCUACUACACGGCACAGGGGCAGCCGGUGGACGGGGGGCUGCCGCAGAACGCCAGCCUGGUGGCCCACCUGCAGCGGGCCAGGCGGGACAUCGGGGCCGCGCUGCCCAGCACCAGGUAUGACGGGCUGGCUAUUGUUGACUGGGAGCAGUGGCGCCCGUUGUGGGCCCGCGACUGGAGCUCCAUGGACAUCUACCGGGAGAAGUCGGAGGAGCUGGUGCGGCGGCAGCACCCGCUGUGGCCUCACAGCCACGUGGAGGAGGUGGCCCAGCAGCAGUUCCAGAAAGCUGCCCGCGCUUUCAUGGAGCAGACGCUGCGGCUGGGCGAGGCCAUGCGGCCUGCCGGCUACUGGGGCUUCUACGGCUUCCCCGACUGCUACAACAACAACUUCAGCGACCCGCUCUACAACGGUAGCUGCCCGGUGGUGGAGCAGCAACGCAACCAGGAGCUGGGUUGGCUCUGGAAUUGCAGCCGGGCACUGUACCCCAGCAUCUACCUGCCGCAGCAGCUCCAGGGCACCGACAAGGUGCUGCGCUAUGUCCGGUACCGCGUGGCCGAGGCCUUUGCUGUCCAGAAGGGCAUCCUCAGCAAUGCCGUCCCUGUCCUGCCCUACACUGAGAUCAUCUAUGCCAACACCUCUGACUUCCUCUCUGAGGAGGACCUGGUGAACACUAUUGGGGAGAGUGCGGCUCAGGGAGCCGCCGGCAUCAUCAUCUGGGGGAGGUCUGCUGACACUGCCUCCAAGGAGAAGUGCCUGAAGCUGAGAGACUACCUUGAUGGGGCCCUGGGCCACUACAUUGUCAACGUGACAACCAGUGCCCAGCUGUGCAGCCAGAGCCUGUGCUCAGGGAAUGGCCGCUGCGUGCGCAAGGAGGGCAAGGUGGCCUUCCUACAGCUUGACCCCAACCGCUUUGCCAUCAACCUGAAAGCCAAAAAACCCCAGCCCGUGGUGUGGAUCCUGAACGCCGACAGUGACAUGUCCCAGCUGGCUGAGGGCUUCACCUGUCAGUGCUACAGCGGCUGGCGGGGAGAGCACUGUGACAGCCACGGCUCCUCUAAUAAGUGAGCAAUGGCUGCCUUCCGUGCUGUGCUGGACACCUGAUGAGAUGGGGAGGGUCACGAUGCCCUUCCUGCAAGUGGGAAGCAUGGGAAGAAAAGCCCAGGCUGCUAAUAAAACCACUGUGCAUCCUA